ACCCUAAUUUCAUUUCUCUAAAGCUUCCAGAAAAAUUCUCGACUACUUUCAUCAUUUCUCUAUCUCCGACGUCGAUGGCUAUGUUAUCUCACCGUAUCCGACGAGCUUUACUCACGGCGACUUCCUAUGUUAACCGAUCAAUCGGAACUUCCAUUGCACCAGCGUCCGAUUUCCCUUCUGUGUCGGCGGCGGUAUUACAGAGAUCCGUUUUAGGGCGUUCGACGGAAGUAGCUACUCGAGCUCCGGCGAGACUGUAUUCGACGAGGCAGUACAAGCUUUACAAAGAAGGUGAUGAGAUCACGGAAGACACUGUGUUGUUCGAAGGAUGUGAUUAUAAUCACUGGCUUAUCACUAUGGAUUUUUCCAAAGAGGAAACUCGUAAGUCUCCAGAGGAAAUGGUCUCUGCCUAUGAAGAAACUUGUGCCCUAGGACUUGGUAUCAGUGUGGAAGAGGCAAAGAAAAGAAUGUAUGCUUGUAGCACAACUACUUACCAAGGUUUUCAAGCAAUCAUGACUGAGCAAGAAUCAGAGAAGUUCAAGGAUCUACCCGGAGUGGUUUUCAUAUUGCCUGAUUCCUACAUUGAUCCCCAGAACAAAGAGUAUGGAGGAGAUAAAUACGAGAAUGGAGUGAUCACACACAGGCCACCACCGAUUCAGAGUGGCAGAACAAGACCCCGUCCUAGAUUUGACCGUUCAGGAGGAGGAGGUGGUGGUUUCCAAAACUUCCAAAGAAACACGCAGUAUGGUCAGCAACCGCCAAUGCAAGGUGGUGGAGGGAGCUUUGGUCCUCAACAGGGCUAUGGCACUCCAGGACAAGGUCAGGGAACUCAAGCGCCUCCACCAUUUCAAGGAGGUUACAACCAAGGCCCGGGAUCUCCACCACCUCCAUAUCAGGCGAGUUACAAUCAAGGCCAGGGAUCUCCAGUGCCUCCAUACCAAGGACCACAAAGCAGUUACGGUCAAGGUGGAUCUGGGAACUAUAGCCAAGGGCCACAAGGAGGUUACAACCAAGGCGGACCUAGGAAUUACAGUCCACAGGGCGCUGGAAACUUUGGUCCUGCGCCAGGAGCUGGAAACUUUGGUCCUGCACCAGGAACUGGAAAUCCCGGUUAUGGUCAGGGAUAUUCUGGACCUGGACAAGAGCAGAAUCAAACAUUUCCACAGGCAAAUCAGAGGAAUCCAGACUGGAACAACAAUAAUCCAGCAGGCCAGCCUGGGUCUGACCAAUUUCCACAGGGAAGAAGAUACUAGACAGAGAGCAUGCUGCAGUGAAUUGAGCUGAAUAAGGAGAGAAGUGUCAAAGGCCUUUUAUUAAGUUUUAUAGUAAAUAGUAUUUAGUCAUCUUUCUACUUUGCAAGACAAUAGUUAGCCCCUUUUUCUCUUAAGUUGAGCUUGUUAACGUUGUUGGUUGCAUCUGUGUAAUUGAAACACUCUUGCAAUAAGUUCUUUUAAGACCUAA